UGCAAAUGGUCAAAGAAAACAGAUAUCUGGAUGUUUGGUCAUCUCUGUUUUGAAGUUUUUACUCAUGGCUUGCUGCCUUACUCACACUUAGAACUGAGUGAUGCUGAUGUUGUGGCAGGGGUAGGUUGAAUUUCUAGCUCAACAUUUAUUUAUAUUUUGAAAAAGUUCAUUAUCAGAUACAUUAUUAAAAAUUAUUAUUGAUUGAUGCAUGUCGCCAUAUUUUUUUUAUCAUUGGUAUUUUAGUUAUAAACUAUUAAAGCUUUGUCAACGAUCAAGUAAACUAGUUAUAUGUAAAUUUAUAUAAUAAAAUGAAAAACGAUUCUUUAUGCAUAUUUUUUUGGUCUUUCUAUUCAAUCACGAUACUUUAAAAAGCCCAAAAAAACCUGGCGUAUCAAAUAAUUUUCUUUACAAAUUUUAAUUUCAUUUCUAAUUUCUUUUUCAGAUUUUUAAAUCAGCUAUUGAUCUUAAACAAGAAAAUUUCAUCACAAAUGUCCACUUUAAGGAAAUAAUAUCUGCAUGUGUCACCUUCAACACAUGUCAAAGAGCAACAAUUUCAAAGAUAAAAAAUAGACUUAGUUCUUUGUCAAAAGGUAACUUUGAAAUUUUGUAACAUUAUCUGUAUCAGCCUGUUACAUUUAUUUUUGAACACUUUUGUAUCUUGAAAAUUUUAAGCAUGCAAGUUAAGAAUGACUAAAAUUUUAACAUCUUUUAAGAAUAAAAAUCAUUUCAUUGAAGGUAGUCUGCAGAGAUAUUAAUUUAUCAUGUUAAUUCAUUUUCAACUGAUUUUUAAAUUUAAUUGAUCGUAAUAUUAUGCAUUUUUUUUGUAAUUUAAAGUCUGAAUAAGUCUAAUACAACCAAUACAGGAAAGAAUGUAAAUUCUUAAAAAUUUAAUUCAGAAAAGAGUAUUAUUUGUUGACUUUAAAAAUUGACAUUAUUUUUUUUUCAAUUAAAUAUAAGUAUAUUAUUUUCCUCUCUGAAUUUUAAUGGUUUUAAUAAAUAUUAAACUGACAUUAAGUCUAAUUUUCUUGUUUAAGAAGUAAAAUAAAGUCAAAAUAAAUUACACUUAUUCCACAGUGUAAAAAACAUAUAUAAUUUGGAUUUGUUUGAGAUAUAAAAGAAAUGCAAACUUUAGAAAUUGAAGAAAAUAUUUUUCCUAGAUAUAUCAUCAUGCUUUUCAAUUUCAUUUUUAAAUCAAAGCUGAGAAGAGUAGACUAAUGUUUAAAAAAUAUAAAUGUCACAUUUUCAGAAUGCAGCUCAGGUGUGUAUGGUAACUAUCCAGAUCUACAAAAGGGACUUCAAAAACCAUCUACAGCAUAUAACUUGGUAAGAACUCAAGUUCUUUAA